AUGUCGAAUCUGCUGUUUCCAAUAUUUCUGUUUCCUCUGAAUCUGGUAGAGCUGCAAGCUGACACUUGGCAUAUUCGUGACCCACUUUAUCAGAACUUGGGCAAGAUAGGCUUUUUUCUUUCAACCAUUUCCGCUGCAAUGUCUAUUCAGAGCUUGAUUCUGAUAACAGUGGAUCGAUUUGGAGCUGUUGUAGUCCCAAUCCGUUCCCCGCUUAUCAGUAAAAAGCAUUAUCCAUUCUUCAUCAUCGCCUCAUGCAUGGAUCGUCGCAGUAGCCGCAUACUCGCAUAUUUGUAUUCUUUCAAACUUAUUGAACACCCUGGACGGAUGGCAGGGUGCACGAGACAAAUAUCACCUACGAACAUUUACCAACACCUAGCAGUUACUACUGCAUUCUUUUACAUUUCCUUAGUUUUGUUGAUCACACUUUACGCUAUCAUCCUGAUCAAGCUUAAGAAACACACCCAUCCGGGUGAACAUUCAGCCAACGCGGAGGAACAGCGGUCAAGAAGAAACUGAGACGUGCUUAAGAUGGCCUUUGCUACCGUUUUUGUGUUUCUUCUUUGCCGAAUCCCUCCGUUUCUAACUGGACAAUAUUACAUUUUGAACCGAACAGUUCCAUUUGGUUCUCUUGCAAUUCUUUACCAUACGAUAACUUUAACUACUUCAUGGUCGCCGCAAACUGCGCCAUCAAAUGGAUUGUGCCUCAUUUUUAGCAGUAAUUAUCGCCAACAUCUAGCUUAAGAGACUUUUUAGUUGCUGUGCUGCAGUGCAAGGGUAACUUUUGAAAACUGGUAGCGAUCGGAAGCGAUUCGUGAAAGAUGAUCAAAAAUUGAGAACAAUACAAGUGGGCUUAGUUUUCGAAGGUCGGAGAGCGCGAACCUGAGGUUAAGAAGAUUUUAAUCCAACUUUUUCUUUUGUUCCAAUUCUGUGUUUUAUGAAGGUGACAAUGGUUAAUUGUCGUUAAUUCGAAUAUUAUACGGCCGUUAUAAUCGACCACUUUGGUCCACAUCUUAUAACGAUGGCAAUUUUGGGGCGCAUGUGAAAAUUCGCGACGUCACUGUAGGUCACUAGAGACAAGCAAUCAUGACCAUAUUUGGCAUCGACCUUCGCAAACUAUCUGGCUUUGAUGUUCCGGAGGCUGGGUGGUAAGGGCCGUGUGGAAGUGGGAGAAAUUGAACAAAAUUCAGAACGCGUUGUGCUGCGGUCGGCUGCCUAGUCGUUUUAUCACUAAGCUGAAGGGCACGCCCAGUUAUAAAUUCGGUUCCGUUCGGUCGUCUAACCGAUAUUCGGGUACUUUCACAUACGAGCACUGUUAAUUGUUCACCCAGUUUAACCCAGAAGGCAUUGCGUGUUUCGACCAUUUCAGCGCAGUAUGAAUGGCUUUUGUUACUUUUAUGGGGAUCGUCCCUUUAUAGAGGAAAAAACUAACUGAAUACACCGUAUUCACAAAUGGCGGACACGCGGGAAAAAACUGGUGCCUAGUCAUGAAAGCGAGGCGUUGGAGGAUAAACAACAAUUGCAAAUGAAGACUUUCAGUGAACUUGCAGAGUGUUUAGCACGGAUUCCAGCUAAAAUAACUUUGUACGGACUUCUUUUUAAAUACAGUUACGUGGAAUGUCUUCUGCUUCUAAUGUUUAGUAGUGAUUUGCUGUUUGCAAUCAAAAGGGACGCGUAUAUCUUCAAGGAAACAGGAUGAUUUUGUAGGUUUCCGAAGCAUCAGAAGUUCGACAAGUGGGCGAUGGCUGGAUAAAAGCGGCAAACAUGUUGGCCCAAACUUCACACUGAAACCGAAUACGAAAGCCAGAUCACUACAAUUCUGUAAAACAGAAAUAAAAACAGAUAUUGGUGGCGAGAAAAAGAGAAAUAAGGGACGGAUAUAUGGCCUACUUGUCAACGGAAGAGACCUCCGCUAUUACACAAAACAGGUCAAGUCGAGAGCGGGUGAAAGAUUUAUUCACGAGGCUCAUUCAUUCAUGUCAGUGUCAUUUUAUACAUAUCUAUGUAUCUAUGUAUGUCUGUAUUUACAACUUCCUUUGGAUCAUAUUAAUUCCGUCGCUUUGGAGUGAAUUGUUAGAGGUACGUUUUCAGAGCUUAGCAAAAAUCGCAUGAUUUCUUUGUCAUUGCGAACUACUUAAAACUAAUUUUAUCAAAACUAGAAGCUGUAGUGUGUGAAUCUUAUGGCUUGCUAUAUGCCUGGUCUCCUUUAGGGCGUUAUCUCAGAGAGCUCUUGGUAAAAAAGUGGUAUAAACCUUACAUUUUACUAGGUUAAACUUUUAAGGCAAUGUUUGUGUCAGGACUGAACACGGCAAGCUUCUGUUUCGAAUAAUUAAAUUCGAGUCUGGAUCCGUCAGACCAUCAUUUUAUUUAUUUAUGUAUUCUUCAAUUCUAAAAUAUUAUGGAACAUAAAGUUAAAACUCUUAACAGCCAAAGAUAAGAAAUACGAAAUUAUUCGCUGAAAUGAUAUGUGGCCGGCUUACCGAGUCUACCGAGUAAGUAGUUGAAAUUUUGAGCGUACUCCACUCGAUCGCUCCUGCAUUUAUACUAAAAAAAUAGUUCUAAUUGAUGUCCUUCAUCGAUAAAGACCAGAGAAUAACGUCCUGGCAAACAAAAACCAAAAAUAACUUCAUCGAAACCUCAGUUACCUCUUCUUUCCUGUCUUCCUUUUUUCCAUCUCGACUUGAACUGUUUUGUUCAACGGCAGACGUCUCUUGGGUUAACAAGUAGGCCAUAUAUCUGUCGCUUAUUUCUUUUUUUCCUGCCACCAAGAUUUUUUUAUAUUUCUGUUUCACCGAAUUGCAGCGAGCUGGCUUUCGUACUUGGUUUCAAUGUGAAGUUUGGGCAAAAAUGUUUGCCGCUUUUCUCCAGCCAUUGUCCACUUGUCGAACUUCUGAUGCUUCGGAAACCUAUAAAAUCAUCCUGUUUCCUUGAAGAUAUACGCGUCCCUUUUGAUUGCAAACAGCAAAUCACUACUAAACAUUAGAAGCAGAAGACAUCCCACGUAACUGUAUUUAAAAAGAAGUCCGUACAAAGUUAUUUUAGCUGGAAUACGUGCUAAACACUCUGCAAGUUCUCAGACUCGAUGGCCACACUUGUCAAUUACACGUGUCAAGUGUAGAAGAGGUUAAAUAAAAAUGCAUAUUAAGCUAUAUUGACUUCUGCUUGCGUCAUUGCAUUUGAGAAGAGAGAAAAAUCGAUAAAUCCCUUUUAUUAAACGUUUGCUAAAUAAAUUAAUUUUUCUGAGCCUUUAAUUAAAAUGAAAAUUUAAGCCUCCAUAACAGACAUUUAAACACAGUAGGUUCAUUUUUAAAAAUGUUGACUAGAUGCAAAUUUCCUUUCUACGAUUUAAAUUGCACAACAAUGAUACUGAAAGUAUAUUAAAUAGCCACUAGGAAACAAGCCCUAUGACAGGUAGUUCGUUUGAUGUCACAACACUUUCUAAAUUUAGAAUUUUAACCAGUUUUGCAAUGUAAGAAACAUAUACAAGGGCUGAAGGUUGCAAUGCCCGAUUUCUUCAGUUUUGCACUCUACUGAGGAGAAGGGAAUUUAGGCUCCAGAAACCGAGAAACGGAGUUAUCUGGAAUGAAAAUAAAAAACAAAUGUUAUACUAAUUGGCUAAUGAAUAAUAUUAUUAAUCUCAGUUACAUAUUUAUGAAUUGGUCCUAUAUUGAAUAGAUCGAAGCUAUAAACAAUCUUUUAACUGGACAAUAUUACAUUUUGAACCGAACAGUUCCAUUUGGUUCUCUUGCAAUUCUUUACCAUACGAUAACUUUAACUACUUCAUGGUCGCCGCAAACUGCGCCAUCAAAUGGAUUGUGCCUCAUUUUUAGCAGUAAUUAUCGCCAACAUCUAGCUUAAGAGACUUUUUAGUUGCUGUGCUGCAGUGCAAGGGUAACUUUUGAAAACUGGUAGCGAUCGGAAGCGAUUCGUGAAAGAUGAUCAAAAAUUGAGAACAAUACAAGUGGGCUUAGUUUUCGAAGGUCGGAGAGCGCGAACCUGAGGUUAAGAAGAUUUUAAUCCAACUUUUUCUUUUGUUCCAAUUCUGUGUUUUAUGAAGGUGACAAUGGUUAAUUGUCGUUAAUUCGAAUAUUAUACGGCCGUUAUAAUCGACCACUUUGGUCCACAUCUUAUAACGAUGGCAAUUUUGGGGCGCAUGUGAAAAUUCGCGACGUCACUGUAGGUCACUAGAGACAAGCAAUCAUGACCAUAUUUGGCAUCGACCUUCGCAAACUAUCUGGCUUUGAUGUUCCGGAGGCUGGGUGGUAAGGGCCGUGUGGAAGUGGGAGAAAUUGAACAAAAUUCAGAACGCGUUGUGCUGCGGUCGGCUGCCUAGUCGUUUUAUCACUAAGCUGAAGGGCACGCCCAGUUAUAAAUUCGGUUCCGUUCGGUCGUCUAACCGAUAUUCGGGUACUUUCACAUACGAGCACUGUUAAUUGUUCACCCAGUUUAACCCAGAAGGCAUUGCGUGUUUCGACCAUUUCAGCGCAGUAUGAAUGGCUUUUGUUACUUUUAUGGGGAUCGUCCCUUUAUAGAGGAAAAAACUAACUGAAUACACCGUAUUCACAAAUGGCGGACACGCGGGAAAAAACUGGUGCCUAGUCAUGAAAGCGAGGCGUUGGAGGAUAAACAACAAUUGCAAAUGAAGACUUUCAGUGAACUUGCAGAGUGUUUAGCACGGAUUCCAGCUAAAAUAACUUUGUACGGACUUCUUUUUAAAUACAGUUACGUGGAAUGUCUUCUGCUUCUAAUGUUUAGUAGUGAUUUGCUGUUUGCAAUCAAAAGGGACGCGUAUAUCUUCAAGGAAACAGGAUGAUUUUGUAGGUUUCCGAAGCAUCAGAAGUUCGACAAGUGGGCGAUGGCUGGAUAAAAGCGGCAAACAUGUUGGCCCAAACUUCACACUGAAACCGAAUACGAAAGCCAGAUCACUACAAUUCUGUAAAACAGAAAUAAAAACAGAUAUUGGUGGCGAGAAAAAGAGAAAUAAGGGACGGAUAUAUGGCCUACUUGUCAACGGAAGAGACCUCCGCUAUUACACAAAACAGGUCAAGUCGAGAGCGGGUGAAAGAUUUAUUCACGAGGCUCAUUCAUUCAUGUCAGUGUCAUUUUAUACAUAUCUAUGUAUCUAUGUAUGUCUGUAUUUACAACUUCCUUUGGAUCAUAUUAAUUCCGUCGCUUUGGAGUGAAUUGUUAGAGGUACGUUUUCAGAGCUUAGCAAAAAUCGCAUGAUUUCUUUGUCAUUGCGAACUACUUAAAACUAAUUUUAUCAAAACUAGAAGCUGUAGUGUGUGAAUCUUAUGGCUUGCUAUAUGCCUGGUCUCCUUUAGGGCGUUAUCUCAGAGAGCUCUUGGUAAAAAAGUGGUAUAAACCUUACAUUUUACUAGGUUAAACUUUUAAGGCAAUGUUUGUGUCAGGACUGAACACGGCAAGCUUCUGUUUCGAAUAAUUAAAUUCGAGUCUGGAUCCGUCAGACCAUCAUUUUAUUUAUUUAUGUAUUCUUCAAUUCUAAAAUAUUAUGGAACAUAAAGUUAAAACUCUUAACAGCCAAAGAUAAGAAAUACGAAAUUAUUCGCUGAAAUGAUAUGUGGCCGGCUUACCGAGUCUACCGAGUAAGUAGUUGAAAUUUUGAGCGUACUCCACUCGAUCGCUCCUGCAUUUAUACUAAAAAAAUAGUUCUAAUUGAUGUCCUUCAUCGAUAAAGACCAGAGAAUAACGUCCUGGCAAACAAAAACCAAANGGAAGCGAUUCGUGAAAGAUGAUCAAAAAUUGGGAACAAUACAAGUGGGCUUAGUUUUCGAAGGCUGGAGAGCGCGAACCUAAGGUUAAGAAGAUUUUAAUCGAACUUUUUGUUUUGUUCCAAUUCUGUGUUUUAUAAAGGUGACAAGGGUUAAUUGUCGUUAAUUCGAAUAUCAUACGGCCGUUAUAAUCGACCACUUUGGUCCACAUCUUAUAACGAUGGCAAUUUUGGGGCGCAUGUGAAAAUUCGCGUCGUCACUGUAGGUCACUAGAGACAAGCAAUCAUGACCAUAUUUGGCAUCGACCUUCGCAAACUACCUGGCUUUGAUUUUCCGGAGGCUGGGUGGUAAGGGCCGUCUGGAAGUGGGAGAAAUUGAACAAAAUUCAGAACGCGUUGUGCUGCGGUCGGCCGCCUAGUCGCUUUAUCACUAAGCUGAAGGGCACGCCCAGUUAUAAAUUCGGUUCCGUUCGGUCGUCUAACCAAUAUUCGGGUACUUUCACAUACGGGCACUGUUAAUUGUUCACCCAGUUUAACCCAGAAGGCAUUGCGUGUUUCGACCAUUUCAGCGCAGUAUGAAUGGCUUUCGUUACUUUUAUGGGGACCUUCCCUUUAUAGAGGAAAAAACUAACUGAAUGUAAGAGCAAAAUGACGAGUUUACGCGACAACAUGACGAAUUUACACGCCAAAUGUAGAGAGUAGAACGAGAAAAAACAUUAAUCUUUUUUGGUUAUUUUCUAUAUUAACCUCUCUUGAAUCUACGCUAAAUUGGCCAAAAUCCAAAAAAAUUACUAAGAAAUGUCCCGUCCGCGAUAUUCAUUGUUCGUGGCUAAAAGAUGCAUCCAGAAAUGACCAGGUGUCAGUUAAGUAAAACUUUUACGCGUGUAAUUUACAAAUUUAGCUAUUGUUCUCAGACUCGAUGGCCACACUUGUCAAUUACACGUGUCUAGUGUGGAAGAGGUUAAAUAAAAAUGCCUGUUAAGCUAUAUUGACUUCUGCUUGCGUCAUUGCAUUUGAGAAGUGAGAAAAAUCGAUAAAUCCCUUUUAUUAAACGUUUGCUAAAUAAAUUAAUUUUUCUGAGCCUUUAAUUAAAAUGAAAAUUUGAGCCUCCAUAACAGAAAUUUAAACACAGUAGGUUCAUUUUUAAAACUGUUGACUAGAUGCAAAUUUCCUUUCUGCGAUUUAACUUGCACAACACUGAUAUUGAAAGUAUAUUAAAUAGCCAAUAGGAAACAAGCGCUAUGACAGGUAGUUCGUUUGAUGUCACAACACUUUCUAAAUUUAGAAUUUUAACCAGUUUUGCAAUGUAAGAAACAUAUACAAGAGCUGAAGGUUGCAAUGCCCGAUUUAUUCAGUUUUGCAUUCUACUGAAGAGAAGGGAAUUUAGGCUCCAGAAACCGAGAAACGGAGUUAUUUGGAAUGAAAAUAAAAAACAAAUGUUAUACUAAUUGGCUAAUGAAUAAUAUUAUUAAUCUCAGUUACAUAUUUAUGAAUUGGUCCUAUAUUGAAUAGAUCGAAGCUAUAAACAAUCUUUGAAAGCAUAUACAAGUUUUAUUUGAACCGAGCAGAUGUUUUAAUAACCAGCCCAGUGUUACGAGAAGACGCCUGUACAGCAACCGCGGCAAAUAUGAACAUAACAGCAAAUGAAUCAAGUUCUUCGACCUGCUAUAGUCUCAUAAAUCCGGUAGUACAAAAACUUGUACCAACAGUUGCUUCUGGUUUGAUACUCGUUGUUUCGCGGAUUGGAAAUUCUCUCAUCGUAAUAAUUGUUUUCAAAACACCAACUUUAAAAAAAGCGAUAAAUUUUAUGAUUGUAAACAUGGCCAUAUCGGACCUGCUGUUUCCAAUAUUCCUGUUUCCUCUGAACUUGGUGGAGAUGCAAGCUGACUUUUGGCUUAUUGGUGAUUCCCUUCACCUGACCUUAUGCAAGAUAGGCUUUUUUCUUUUAACCGUUUCUGCGACAGUGUCGAUUCAGAGCCUGAUUCUAAUAACAGUGGAUCGAUUUGGAGCUGUUGUGAUGCCAAUCCGAGGCUCCCCACUCAUCAGUAGAAGGUUGUGUCUUUUCUUCAUCGUCGUCACAUGGAUCGUCGCAAUAGCUGCAAACUCGCCUCACUUGUUUACUUUCAAACUUGUUGAAUAUCCAGGGGAAAUGGUAAUGUGUGCGAUACAAAAAUCAUCGGCGAAUUACUACCUCCUAGCAUAUUUCAUUGCAUUCUUUUAUAUUCCCUUUGUUUUGUUGACCACACUUUACGCUAUCAUCCUGAUCAAGCUUAAGCAACACGCCCAUCCGGGUGAACAAACAGACAACGCUGAGGAAAUGCGGUCAAGACGAAACCGAAACGUGCUUAAGAUGGCCAUUGUUAUCGUGUUUCUGUUUUUUCUUUGCUGGAUCCCCUUCAAAACUAACCAGACAAUAUUCAAUUUUACACCGAACAGUUCUAUUGGGUUUUCUUGCAAUCUUUUGCCAUACGAUUCCUUUACCUCCUUCAUGGCCGCCGCAAACUGCACUGUCAACCCGAUUAUCUGCCUCAUUUUCAGCAGUAAUUAUCGCCAAGGUCUUAAAAGACUUGUUACUUUUUGUGCUUAA